GUAAAUGCACACAGAAAAACAGAGCAUCAAUCGCCAUGGCUGCCAACAAGUUUGCAACAAUGGUGCAUAAGAACACAAACAAGAUCACACUUGUUCUUAUCUAUGCUGUUCUUGAAUGGACCCUCAUAAUUCUCCUCCUUCUCAACUCAAUCUUCUCCUAUCUCAUCAUCAAGUUCGCCAAAUUCUUCGGCCUAAAUCCGCCUUGCCUCUGGUGUGUUCGUCUCGAUCGCCUCUUUGAACCCCAAAACCAGAAUUCACAUAGAGAUUUUCUAUGUGAGCUUCAUUCUAAAGAGGUUUCCCAGUUGGGGUUUUGUUCCAAACAUGGAAAGUUGGCAGAAUCCCAUGAUAUGUGUCAGGAUUGCUCAUCUGGGUUUGGAGAAAAACCGAAAAAUUUCGUGUUUUCAAAGGUGAAAAAGAUUGAUUUGGUUCAGAGCGAUGGAGAAGAUGAGGUUUGUUUCAAGUGUUCUUGCUGUGGUGUUGAUUUUGAGAAGAAAACUUUUGAUGAUUCUUCUUACUUUGUCAUUAAUCCUUCCUGGGAUUUUCUGGCGUAUUCCAAAAAUGGAAGUUCGAUUAUGGAUCUAAUGGGAUCGGAUUUGGAGACUGAAAAUUUUGGGGAAAAACAAGAAAUCCAAUUUCAGAUGAAAGAAACAGAGAUUGAAUCAACGAAGGAGGAUUUGAUUCAAUUUGAGAAAAAAGAAGAUUCGAAUUCAGAAACACCUCCACAAGAUCUUGAAUUUUUCUUAGAUUACAGUGGGAAUCAGUUGGUCCCAAUCGAAUCAAACGAGGAAGAACUCCCAAACAAAUCAGAGGUUGAUGACGAUCAAGAAUUUGGGGAUUUUCAGAAAGCUCAGGUUAUAUCAGAGUCAAAAAUUGAAACAGUAACUGAAGAAUUAGUAAUCGAAACCCAAGAAACCAUUUCUGUUCUUCAGAAUGCAGCGGAAUUGCUUUCUGUAAUUGAAAAAACAGAGGAAUCAUCCAAAUUUGCAGAGCUUGAUUCAAUGGAAUUUGAAGAAACUGAAAAUUCUCUUGUUUUUCAUGCAAAUCUAAACGGGUUUCCUGACGAGAAACCUGCCAUUUCUCAACCAACUCAAACUCAGUUGGAAACCGAAGAACAUCAAGAAACAGAGGAGGGUGAUUCAGACCAUGAAGAAGCAGAGGUUUCGAUUGGAACAGAGAUUCCAGUUCUGGAUUCAUGUGAUGAGAUGAAAGCUCAAGAUAAUUUUUCUUUAUAUUCUUUAUCACAUGAAGAACCUUCAACAAGUUGCCAUGAUUUGGAUUUCAAUCUUGAAUAUGGUUAUGAAGAAGCUCGAGAAGACGAAAAAACGGGGGAACCGCAGAACUUUAACCGAAUCAGUAAUACAUUGUUGAUGAUCGAAAGAAAGGAAUCAGAGUCUUUUGAUGGAAGCGAAAUGGACGGUGGCGAUCCGGUUAACACAACCGAGAAGCUUAAAUCGGUUCUGAGAGCGGAAAGGAAGGCGUUACAAGCAUUGUAUACGGAGUUAGAAGAAGAGAGAAGUGCUUCGGCGGUUGCCGCUAGCGAGACGAUGGCUAUGAUAAACCGGCUUCAAGAAGAGAAGGCGGCAAUGCAGAUGGAGGCGUUACAGUACCAACGAAUGAUGGAAGAACAAUCGGAAUACGAUCAAGAAGCUUUGCAACUCUUGAAUGAACUUAUGGUGAAAAAGGAGAAGGAAUUGGAGGUUUAUCGAAAGAAAGUGUUGGAUUAUGAGGCUAAGGAACGGAUGCGGUUUUUAACGAGUAGCGUGAAGAGCGGCACGUGUUCGGCUUCGUGUAGCCAUUCGGAAGAUGGGGACGGAACAUGGGUCGAUUUGAAUCAUGAACCAAAAGACGAACAAAUCUUUGAAACUGAUGGAAAUCGAGACCACAAUACGCCCGUUGAUACCGUAUUGAACCUGGACUCGUCAUUUGUGGACUUUGAGGAUGAGCGGUUGUCGAUUCUCGAACAACUCAAGGUUUUAGAAGAGAAGCUUUUCACUUUGAGUGACGAAGAAGAACGACACUUCUCCGACAUACGACAAAUCGAAGAUUACUUUGAAGAGAAUGGAAAACAUCUAAACGGGAAUCACGGGUUCGACGGACGAGGAGCCAACGGUAUAGCAAACGGAACGCAUUACGAAGAUCGAAGAACCAUUAGCUCGACGGGGAAAAGACUUCUUCCUCUCUUUGACGCAGUUGAUACCGAGAGCGAAGACGGCAUGAGCACGUCAAACGGGCACGGAAACGGAAACGGAAACGGGUACCAUCCCGACAAGUUAGAAAACACAGCCGUCACUAGAUUCGAGUUACAAAAGAAGAGAAUCGACAUGGAAGAGGAAGUCGAUCAACUUUACGUAAGGUUACAAGCGCUAGAAGCCGAUAGAGAGUUUCUAAAACACUGCGUCGGAUCGUUGAGAAAAGGGAACAAAGGAAUGGAACUUCUUCAAGAAAUCUUGCAACAUUUACGUGAUCUUAGAAACGUGGAUCUUCGAGCAAAGACUUAAAAAAGAUCAUCUACAAAAAUAUCUAAGGUGAAAAAUGGGGUCUUGGCUAAAAGAAAUUGAAUGAGGAGGUCAUAUAUGGAAGGCUACGCUCUACCAACCUUUUGGAUUGAUUUUUUUGUCCUUUUCUAUUAUUUUGUUUUCAAAGUAACCUAUUUUUAAAACAAAAAACGGUUAAAUUCAGAAUAAUAUACAACCAAUACGACGUCGUGUAUAUGUUAUUAAUACGUUAUUAUUCUGUAUUUGAACGUUUUUAUUAUAAAAAAAAAACCCAUUUUUUGCUUGUGGGUUAGGUGCUAUUUCAUCUCAACCUUUUGAUGGUAAAAGGGAAUGGUGAAUUGAAUGCAUGUGUGUGUUUCUUUGUAGGUAGUUUGGUGUAGGUUUUUCUUUUUCUUUUUCUUUUUUAAUUUGUUUUUUGGAGUAGUAAGUAAGAAAGAAAGGGAAGGGACCCUAUUCUUGAUUACGUCAAGUGUAAUUUGUAAGUAUGUAAAAUGGUAUUUUGCUUAGUGUUAAUGUUAUGUGUGUAAUCAAUUAUGUUUGUGCUA